CUAACCGCUAACUUGUCUUGUCCUCCCCGGAGUCCUUACCGGGACAGUCGCUCCACGUUGGAGAGUAGAAGCAACGAGAGGGACACAUUGAUUUGUCCACCGUUUUUAGUCUGUCCAUUGUCCCCACUGCGCGCGCCUCGUUACCAUGGAGAUCAUCAACCCGCGAGACUCCUCACGCAGCUCAUUGACUAGUUUAUUGUUUUGUUUAUUAUUGAUUAUUAAUAUUUAUCAGUACUAGUUUAUCAUGGCUAUUUUUAUUAUAAUGGCUAUUUUUUAUUGUUGUUUGUUAGUGCUAGUUUGCUAUCAUGACUAUUUUUACUAUCAUCCUUAUUUAUUACUGCUAGUUUGCUAUCAUGACUAUUUUUAUUAUGAUUAUAUAUUAGUGCUAGUUUGCUAUCAUGACUAUUUAUAUUGCUAUUAUUUAUUAGUGCUAGUUUUUUAUCAUGACUAUUGUUAUUAUUAUCAUUAUGUAUUAUUAUUGCUAGUUUGUUAUUAUCCAUCCAUUUUCUAUGCUGCUUAUCAUUAGGUUCAAUCAUACCUAUGGACAAACGGAGAUUCGAACCCAGGUCAUCCCGAUCUCCUGACUGACUGUGUGGCCAACAUGCUAACCACUAGUCCACCAUGCGGCCCUAGUUUGUUACUAUGGCUAUUAUUAUCUUUAGUUAGUGCCAGUUUGUUAUCAUGACUAUGAUUAGUAAUAUUUAUUAAAUCUAUUUUAUUAUUAUUAGUAUUAUUCAGGUGUAGUAGUUUGCUGUGCUUGAAUAAGGAUAACUAUUAUGAUGGUCAUUUAUUAAGAAGUGAUGGUUAUUAAAGUGGUUUGUUAUGAUGGGUAGGUUAUUUUUUACAGUGGCUAGCCUUGCAGUGGUAGUUUGUUGUUAUUGUUAUUAUUAUUAUAAUUAAGUUUACUGUGAUUGAUCAUUUUUAAUAAUAGUAGAUUAUUAUGAUGUCAUUUUGAAGUAGUAUUUUUCUGGUUAUGAAAAUUGUUAUGAUGAGUAUGGUUUGUUUUCUUGCAGUGGUAAUUUAUUAUGAUAGUUGUUUUAACAGUGGUAGUUUAUUAUCAAGGGUAGUUUUUAUUCAUAGUAGUUUCUCAUUGUAGUUUUUUAUAAAAUAGUGUUAUUUUGUUUUGGUAGAUUAGUUUUAGAAGGCAGUUACGAGGGUUCAUUUUGUAAUGUUGAUAGUGCUAGUUCAUCCUAAUGCCUUGUUGGUAUUUUAGCACUUUCAGCAGAGGAGCGAUGGAAAAGUGGAAAGAAAGGAUGGAUGGAGAUGUUUGGAGCGGGCUUGACAGCAAAUGACAUCUCGUGAUGUGUUGGGAUGGAGGAGGCGGAGCCAAGCCACUACGUCGCCCAGCUGAAGGCGGAGUUUGACAGCUGCGACACGACGUCCACGGGCUUCCUGGACCGCGAGGCAGUGACGGCGCUCUGCAGGAAGUUGCAGCUGGACGCUCACCUACCACUGCUGCUGGACUCGCUGCUGGGAGGAGGAAGCACCUACGCCAGGGUCAACUUUGAGGAGUUUAAAGACAACUUUGUGGACGUCUUGUCUCGCUCGCUGGACGUCAGCACGUCAGAGGACGACAGCAGCUACCUGGAGCCAGUUGUCCCAGACGAGGUGAAGCCAAAGUUUGUGAAAGGUGAAAAACGUUACGGUCGACGCUCGCGGCCCGACGCCCGGCCUGACGCUGCAUUGAGCUGUCACUCAGACAUCUCGCCACCGUCCGACGCCCAGAACGCCGACUCGUCACCAUCGGGUGUUCGCAGGCCUAAAGUACGCCGGUCUACGUCUCUGGAUAGCGUGGAGAGCCUGAAGUCUGAUGGCGAGCCAGGAAGUCCCAAGGAUGUCACCCAGAUAUCCUUUCAGUCUAAAGGGCAGGAUGAGCCGCUGGCGCCAGCGGCCCAGGAUUUGGAGCACGGAGUCGGCCUCAGAGAGUUCCGGAAUAUCCUGUGCUGCUCCGGCCCUGUGUCCUGCUCGACACCUCUACGCCGCAUGCCUCAGGCGGCCUUUGAGGAACGCUCGCCACGCUCCACCUCGCCGUCCCUGCUGACGGCCACGCUGGGUCCCAGAGUCCUCAGCCAGCUGGACGACGGCUCAGGAUGCGCCAGCCCCGAGCGAGUGGUCGCCCUCUGGACGGAGGAGGGCAUCCGAAACAGCCGGGACAUCCUGCAGACGCUGGACUUCCCUCUUGAGGAGCGUCUCAGUCUGGCUGAGCUGACGUUGGCGCUGGAUAACGAGCUGCUGGUCAGCGGUAAUGGCAUCCACCAGGCGGCGCUCAUCUCCUACAGGAAUGAGAUCCAGCACCUGCAGGGGGCAGCGGAGCAGGCGUGCAAGGAGCGGGACAAGGCAAAGGUCGACCUGGACCUGGCCGACCGCAGGAACCUGCAGCUGGUCCGGGAGGUGGACGACCGCCAUGCCAGCAUGGAGACGCUCAACCACAGCAGGAUCAGAGACCUGGAGCAGGACUUCCGUGACAGGCUGGCGGUGCUGCGGAGUCAGGCGGAGCAGGAGAGCGAUGCCAUGCUGCAGCAGCUGGAGCGAGAACGCGGCAUGCUGCGCGAAGAGCUGCGCCUGCUGAAGGUGCAGGAGGCGGGGCUACAGGAGGAGCUCGACAUUGCCACACAGGAGAACCGGCGUCUGGAGGAGGAGCUUGCUGAUGUCAAGAGGAGACUGACCGAAGUCGAAAGCUCAGCAGAGCGCCUGCAGAAAGACUUGGAACAGCUGUUGCACGACAAGUUUGGGAGCUUGGACACCGCGGCCGCAGGUCCGAACCCUGAAGAGCGACUGUGUGAACUCAUCAAAGAGUACGAGCAGCGAUGCAGAGAGCUGCAGGACAAAAAUGACGAGCUGAACUCCGAACUGGAGCUGCUUAAAUGUCAAAGGAAUGACAGGAAGUCCGGACGCCCCACCGCACACAAGACACCUGCUGCCACGCUGAGCUGGAACGAACCGCACUGUGUCAGCGAGCCAGACUCUGAUGAUUCCGAGAUGAAGCGUCGAUCGUCUCCGCCGCACCAGUCCAAAAUGGAUCCAGCUGAUACAACCGUCAGCAUUCACACUGAACUUGCUGUGGAGCAGCUGAAGCAAAAACACAACCAGGAGGUGCAGCAACUCAACAUCCAGCUGGAGACACAGGUCAACUACUAUGAGCGCACUCUGGACAGAAUAAGGCAGAGCAUGGAGGUGGAACGCAAGGACAUCGCUCAGGCCUUUAAGCUGGAGAUCAAUGAGCUGGAGGAGCAGAAGACUGAGGCGGAGCAGCAGGCCCGGCAGCUGAAGGAAGCGCUGGACAAACUGCAGAACCAGAUCCAACAUGGAGGAUGGUCUUCUGAGCAGGAGCGCAGGGUGCAACGGGAGCGAGCCGACUUGGAGCAAAACUUUGCCAGAGAGAUUGGAAAUCUGGUCCAGAAGCUAAGUGCUGAGAAGGACCAGCUGGAGGCAGAGCUAAAGCUGAAGAUGGACCAGGAAGUUUCGCGGGUCAGGACGCGGCUGGAAGAAGUCGUCUCGGAUAACAGCGCCCUGCAUGAGCGCGUGAGCGUCCUGCAGCAGGAAGUUGAGAAGCUGGAGGACGACGUCGCCAGCAAGAGGUCCAAGUUGGAGGAGAUGCAGCACAAAGACGAGAGGAGCAGGCAGGAGGAAGCGCGGCUGCAGGAGGAGAACUCGGGCUACCGACAAGAAGUCCUAAGUCUGAGCAGCAGGAACUUACAGCUGAGCACCGACAAUGGCGAGCUGAGCGCGCGUCUUCGUGCCGAGCAGGAGUCGCUCCGGGCGCUGCAGGAGCGCCUCGACGCCGUCUCCAGGCAACAGGAAGAGGGCGAAGCCACACUGCGGCACGUGCAAGAAGAGGCGGAGCAGCAGCAGGCGGCAUGGAGGCAGGAGAGACUACAGCUGGAGGAGGAGCUUACCUCCUGCAGGCGCAAGCUGUCGCAGCUGGAGGCGGAGCUUAGCGUGGCAGCCGACAGGCAGCAGAAGAUGGAAGCGGAGCUUAGCAUGAAGGUGGAGAAGCUCCAGAAGGAGGUGCUCUCCUUGCAGCAGGAGGCAGAGCGCCUUCGCUCUCAACUCCAUGCCAUCACUCAGGAGAACCUUGGCCACGCCCAGGAAGUCUCCGCCCUGCGCAGGAAGCUGCAAGAUGCUCAAAGGAAGACCGAGGAGGUGGAGGCCGGCGCCAGGAAGCUAAUGAUGGAGGAGGAGCAGGAGAAGCAGAGGCAGCACCUCCAGCAGCAGCAGACUGUCCAGCAGCUGAUCCAGGACCAGCAGAGCCUGAAGAGCCAACUGAAGCAGAUGAGUCUGGCCAAGAUGCAGGCUGAGGGUCAGGCAGAUGCUGCACUUACUCUAGUGCAGCAGCAACAGGAGGGGGUGUGGCAUCGGGAGCGGGCGGAGCAGCUGCUGGCUCAGCUGCAGGAAGAGCAGAGGCGGAGUCGUCAGCUGGAGGAGGAGCUUAAGCUUCAAGUAGAGCACAGCUCCUCCCAUGUCAGCCUGAAGCAGGAGCAGUACGAGAAGGCGAUGGUGGCCCUGCAGCUCAGGACGGAGGAGCUAGAGAGCAAACUGAAGGGCGUGCGCACGGUCCUGCAGGAGAAAGUCCAGCAGCUAAAAGAGCAGAUGGCCAAGAAUGUCAAGUCCAGCGUGAUGCUGAAGGAUCUGUACGUGGAGAACUCGCAGCUCAUGAAGGCGCUGCAAGUCACCGAGCAGCAUCAGAAAAACGCAGAGAAGAAGAACUUCCAGCUGGAGGAGAAGGUCAGCGCCCUCAACAAACUGCUGAGGGAGAUCGUGCCAGCGUCCCUCGCCACGUAGCUGAUGCAGAACAUGUCAUCUUCCAGAAACAGUGUUAUAUUAACUUUACAUUUUAUGUGUUAAUGUCAAAAUGAGACUGGUCUGUUUGGGUCCUCAUGUGAUAGUCAGAGUGACACCUCCUAGUGCUCUGAUGCUCACCUGGUCGACCAAAGUGUCACGUAAUUAUGCACCAUUAAAUUAUCUUUUUAGCAGUCUAUGCUGUUUGCCAAUGCCAAUGCUAAUGCUAAGCUAACUUGCUCCGUAGUACAAACAUUUAUUUAUUCACGUCACUCUUAGCAUUCUUUCAUUAAAAAAAAAAAAAAGAAAGAGGUGGGGGGUGGGGGAGUCUUCAGGACACAACGUGCUCCAGGACGCCUUGCCGAAUCAGGUGCUCGCAUUUCCACCGCGGGAGGAAGUGCUGUGGACAGAACCGUGCAAUGUGACUUCCUGUUGCAGAAGCUACAAGAGUCUUUGAAGAAGAGCUGACCUGACUGUUCUUCUUUAGGAGGAUCACGGUCCCAUCGUCAAUCUCCAGCUCGCCGUGGUCCUUCAGACACCUCACCUACAUGAAAGUAGUUACUGUUCACCUCGAUUAAUGACUGUGAAUAUUGCCACCUUCAUUUCGAAAACAACAAAGUAGGACGUGCAGCUCACCUCGAUGUAUAGACUCUUCGGAGGCUUCAUAUCCUGAGUGAUGUCCAGCCCGCCACCGCCUCCCAGAGAGCGCAUGAAGGCUGCCAGAGACUUCUUGUAGCACGUGAACCACUGCAGCUGCACACAGCCGAUGUGACGCUGAAGAACAGUGACGGCAAAUGUUCACACAGGAAGUCACACUCACCUCCUCGGCACUCAUGUGGAAGCGCACGUUGGCGGGAAGCACGCUGCCGUACUCCCAACGCAGGGCCCGGAUCCUCAACAGGCGGUCGUACCUGAGCAGAAAGUGGCAUCGCGUGACCUGAGGGCAUGCACGCAGGGGAGUGCAUGCAUGUUGCUUACAGGUAGGCUGUGACGCAGCGCUGGUUCCGUAGCAGGCAGCAGUGACGUAACCUGAUGGAGGGAAUCAAAUCGGUUCGGUGGUCACUUUUGGUCUCGUUCCUAGGAGACAAACAUCAGCUGAUCAAUCAAACUCUGCAAUUUUUUGGCCGGUCGAAGUGAGGAGGACGUACACGUCGCUCUGGUUGUGGUCGUACAGAGCCUCCAUCUCUUGCAGCACCUGGCGGAUGCCGUCCUCCUGCACAAAAUCGUUUUCCUCAUUUUACGUCGCAUACUUUCAUGUCAAUCCAACAAUAUACUGGGUUCACAAUCAGGUGGCACAGCAGAGGCGUCAAACUCGUUUUCAAUGUGGGCCUCAUUGCCAUUAUGGUUACCCACAGAGGGCCACCUGGAACUGUGAAACUAUAUUCAUGUAUUGUCUCCCAUAGAUAUGACACAUUU